ACAGAGACUCAAGCACGUGACUCGUCCGGAGAGCGAGCGUUGCUUUGUCGCAGUUAACUCGCCUUGCGUUGAGACGGUGCACUUCCUGGCCCUCCUGAGAGAGUUCCGACAGUGGGCAUGAUGGCCAGCCACGUGGAAGACGUGCUCACCUCCAUUUCAGGCGACGGGCGUCGAACGCUAAGCCAUUUACCGAGUCGGCCGCCAGUUGACGUCGAAUUCGCGGACAUUUCGUACACGGUGCCUCAAGGCAAGAGAGGCAGCAAAAUCAUCCUGAGGAAUGUCAGCGGUCUCUUCAGAUCUGGGCAACUUACGGCCAUCCUGGGACCUUCAGGGUCCGGCAAGACCACGCUUCUGAACAUCCUUGCAGGUUAUAAGAGUGCAGACGCUACAGGAAGUAUCUUCAUAAAUGGAUUACCACGUAACACGCUCAAUUUUCGCAAGAUAUCUCGCUACAUAAUGCAGGAUGACUUGGUACAGCCGCACCUCUCAGUACAUGAAGCCAUGGUCUUUGCAGCAGACCUCAAGCUUGGUGAUGAGCUUGCAAAGGAACAGAAACUUACAGUUGUGGAUGAAAUACUAGAAAUGCUGUUGCUUGUGCAAGCAAAGAAUACAAAAACAUGGCAACUGUCAGGUGGUGAGAGAAAACGUCUGUCGGUUGCUUUGGAACUAAUAAAUAACCCACCAGUCAUGUUCUUGGAUGAACCAACCACUGGACUGGAUGUUCUGUCAAGCUCCCAGUCCAUCUAUUUACUGAAGAUGUUGGCUCAGGGUGGCCGAACGGUUGUCUGCUCGGUACACACUCCCAGUGCCAAGUUGUUUGCAAUGUUUGACCAUGUGUAUGUAGUGGCUGCAGGACAGUGUGUGUUCCAAGGUUCCGGAACAGAUAUUGUGCCAUUCCUGUCUGGUGUGGGAAUUGAGUGCCCAACACAUUACAACCCUGCUGACUUCGUUGUCGAAGUGUCCAGCGGAGAAUACGGAGACUUUUUGGAGAAGAUGGCGGCUGCAGUGGACAAUGGACGCUGUUACUGUUGGUCCCAUCGUGCAUCGUAUAUCAAUUUGUGCAACAGAAAUGAAGAACCCAAGACAAGAGCAGCAACAAGUGAUAAAGGCCACACCAAAAUGUUGACAAGUCAUCUCACAGAAACUGAUCACAAAUUAGAUUUCAACAGUUCCUGUUGGCGACAGAUCAGAAUCCUAACAUGUCGGAUGCUCCUUCAGACAUGCAGAAAUAAGAGUUACGUGCACCUUCAGAUACUGAUGUACUUAUUCCUAAUAUUUAUUAUUGGAGGCUUGUAUUAUAAUAUGGGGUUUGAUGGUGCAAAACAACUGUACAACUUUGGUUUCUGCUACACUUGCAUCAUCGUGUUCAUGUAUCUGCCGUUGCUACCAGUUCUCCUUCAUUUUCCGUAUGAAGUGAAACUUCUGAAGCGAGAGUACUUUAAUCGCUGGUACAGCCUCCCAGCAUAUUUCUGUGCUUUAACCAUCGCCAGGUUGCCUCUACAGAUCAUCAUUGGCACAGUUUAUGUCUUCUCUGUGUAUUGGCUCUCAGAUCAACCAUUGGAGCUGUUGCGGAUUUGCCAAUUCCUUCUUAUUUGUCUCCUAAUUGGCUUUGUGUCAGAGAGCUUUGGUUUAACCAUAUCAUCUAGGCUUGAUAUUGUUAACAGCAUUUUUAUUGGUCCAACAUUGUCGGUUCCACUGAUGCUGUUUGCAGUUUACGGGAUGGGUGCUGGUAGUACUAGCAUUCCGAUUUACAUGCGAUUACUUAUGUGCCUGAGUUACUUGCGCUUUGGAUUCGAAGGCCUCAUGUAUGCUAUAUAUGGUAAUGACCGCCCUAUGAUGCCAUGUCCAUCUGAAGAGGCAUACUGCCACUUUCGGAGCCCUAAGACCCUUCUUCUAGAGACAGGCAUGGAGAAUUCAAACAUAUGGCUAGCUGUUCUUGGACUUACUGCAUACAUGAUUUUGUUCAAAGCUAUGAGCUACUUCUUAUUACGCUGGAGACUAUCACGACAUCGCAACUUUGCUGCUCUCAAUUAUGUUGGGCGAAUAAUCAAGACACAUUUCAGUUUUACACAUCAAUACAAGUGAUGGUUCUGUAUUUCAUCUGACAAUAAUUGUAGUUAGUGUGCUUCAAGCAAUCAUAUUUUAGUACAUGGAAGUUAUUGCACUUUCCUAUAUCUCUGUGAUAUUUUACUGUUACUGUUGAAAUGAGAUCAAUACUUGAUUUUUUGUUCAUAAGCUCUCUAAUUUGUGUUUUUACUAAUAUAGUGUGUUACUGAUUUUAACUAUUUACUUUGAUGGUAAAAUAAUCAAUUCUCAACAGUGAGACUUCUUAAUUUGCAUUAUUUUGUAAAAUAUAAAAAUUUACAUUUAUAGAAGAAGUCAUAAGAUUGUACUGGAACAUCACACUGACAGAAACACAUUAUUACAGUCACCUUUGAUUAAAAAUUCUGAAUAUGGA